GGUCUAAUCUCAAUGAGGUGUCAAUCAUGUUCCCCGGUGGGUGAAGUAAGGUCUUUUGUAACCGCCUCUGUCUUUGGGAAAGAGAGGAGAGAGGAGGAAGGCUGGAGCGGCGAGGGGGACGCCGGCCCGAGCGGCAGGAGCGGAGCUGGGCUCUGAUCUCUGAGCAGGGAGGAGCGGAGCACAUGGAUUUCUAAACACGCUGGGAUUUUAUAUACCUACAAAAAUAACAACAAGCCAACCUGACCCUACUGAAAAACACUCCAAUGAAUCGUAAUUGCAGAUCGAUGCAGAGAGAUGGGGAAACUUCACUCGAAACAUGCUGCCGUUUGUAAGCCCAGAGAAAGUCCCGAAGGUGAUAGUUUUGCGGUGAACGCCUCUCUGGCUCGCAAAGGGCUGGAGGACUGGAUGGUGAAGCAGAAAUACACCGGGGGCAGCAGCUCGGGACUCCAGCAAGGCUGCCAGCACCGGGCUGUUUGCAGGCUCUCCAGCGCCAGGGAUUUAUCUGGGGAAGUCUACAGAGACAGCAUUGGUGAUGAACACUUUCAUCUAGAAGUGGCUUUGCCUCCAGAGAAGACAGAUGGAGUUUGCAGUGGAGAUGAAAAGAAAGCAGAAAAAGAAAGUGACACACGCACAGGUUCCAAGAAGCAACUGAAAUUUGAAGAAUUGCAAUGUGAUGUGUCUGUAGAGGAAGAUAACAGGCAAGAAUGGACCUUCACACUGUAUGACUUUGAUAACAACGGAAGAGUCACACGCGAGGAUAUUACCAGCUUGCUUCAUACCAUCUAUGAGGUAGUUGAUGCAUCAGUAAACCAUUCUCCUAGUUCCAGCAAAACUCUGCGAGUGAAACUCACUGUGGCACCAGAUGGCAGCCAGAAGAAAAAGAGUAUCUUGUUGAAUCAUACUGAUUUGCAGAAUGCCAGGCGUAGAGCUGAAAGCAAAGCUAAUGAAGAAGUAAGAAGUUCUGAGAGGAAGCAGCGGAAUUCGCUGAGGUAUCACCAGGGUGAGAACAAUCCAGAGCAAAGUGGGUGCUAUCGUCAUUGUGUUGAUGAGAACAUUGAAAGGAGAAACCACUAUUUGGAUCUUGCAGGAAUAGAAAACUACACAUCAAAGUUUGGGUCAGGAUCUCCUCCAGCAGCUCAAAAACAUGACCCACCAAGCAGAGUUGUGAAUCAGACUAGAUCUCGUUCUCAUGAACCUGAAACCUUCCAUGCUCACCAUAGGAAGUCUCAAGUGAUGGAUCCGGGCCACGUCAAUCUAGCUGAGAAUUCAUAUGCCAAGAUUGCAGAAAUCCAGCAGAGGCUCCGGAACCAGGACUCAAACAAGCACUUUGUGAGGUCUCCCAAGGCCCAGGGCAAAAGCGUUGCCCCCAUGCAUCCUGGAAGGGCAGUAAGAAAUAAACCUUUUCAAGGGGCGCCCAUGCCAAUGGCUUCCCCAAGUGCACGGGUGGGCCAAAAUCUUCCUUACCUCCCCUUGCAAUCUCAACAGGUUCACAAGAAGCAUAAGCAGAGGGCUAAGGAGAAUCACCAAAUGUGCAAAACCUUCCAGACUCCAGGGACAGUUGUGGAAAAGGAACAUGUGAGAGACCUGCCCACAGUCAUUUUAUAUGAAGGCCAAGUUGGACAAAUGAUACAAAGACACGAACACCACCACCACCAUGAGCACCACCACCACUACCAUCACUUCUACCAGACAUAGAAGACAUCCCACCAACAUCCUCCAAGAAUCAUCCCAUAUGAAGGAAACGCAUUCUUGUGAUACCAGAACUAAGGCAUUGCUAUGAUUAAUAUUGUUGUUACUCCAUUAACAUUCAGCUAGCAUAUAUUUUAGAGGUUAUAUGGAACUUUUGACACUUACUCUAUUUAUAUGUUGUGGAACUGCAUAGCUUACUUAAACACCUUGUGGAUUGUUUUUACUUUUUUUUUUUUUAUUUUAAAGUGGCUUGUAAAAGAGCUAACAGCCAUAGGUUUUUGAGCUGUGAUUUAAUAAAGGUCGUCAAUGCACUUCUUUACAAGUACUACUUCCAUUGUAGUAGGAAAGAUACUUCAAACACUAUUGCAGACAUCUAGCUUCCAGUCUGCUGUAUGUCGGCUGAUCGCACACAAGCCUUUUAUCAGGGGAGCAAUGUUCGAAGGGUUGGACUCCAGAGAUACUCAGAAUAACAGAAAAUACAAACAGCUGCUACCUCUAGUAUUAUUCAGAUUUUAUUUUCUUUUUAUUGAUUGUAAUGUGCUACGGGAGAGAUUUUAAUAUACUGCAUUCAUGUAGCCUGUUUGUGUUCGCAUCCUUUCAAAUUAUCUUAAAAAUUACAAGGAAAUAUUAGCUAUACUUGUCAACAGAGCUACAUUUGUACAACUUACACUUUAUUUUCUUGGAGAUUCUUCACUGACACAAGUACAGUCUGUUAUAUACUGGGUAAUAUUUAAAUAUACUUUUAUUUGUGGUUUUUCUCUUGCUUACUCUGUUCUGUUUGGGGUAACCAUUUGAAAAGAGGAGGAUGUGAAAUGAGGUUUUCAAAAGCAUCACUAGACUUUAGUGCUUGUGCCACAAGUAUCAUUCAUGAGGGUUUGAGAAGGAAAGGGUUUUUUUUUGGGGGGGUGGUGUUAUUUUGUUUAAAUCCACAGUUCUUUGUUUUGAGAAAGAAUUGAGGAAAAAUAUACUUUCUCACUUUAAAUGUCGGCAAAUAUAUAUAAAGUAUAAAUAUAAAUAUAUAUAUAUAAAUAUGCACACUCUCAGGUACAUUUUGUUGUGUUUUAGAAAUCUGUGGUUUGAAUAUUACAAUUUUUUUUUUUCCACUAUGGUGACUUUUUAGAAACAUAUGCCAUGGCAUUUUCUUAUGUACCUCCAAUUUAAAUUUCCCCAGCACCUACCAAUUUGUGCUUCUCCCAUUUUACAGACAAAGCAACAUGUGAAACAAUACCAUUCACAAUCAUUCUGGCCUCCUGUACUAUUUCCGUAUCAAAGGGCUUCCAUUCCAUGAAGGAGAAUGAGACCACACUCACAAGACCUUACUGGCUGCUGAGAAAUUUGGAGGUCUAAAUCAAAUUGGAGAAAGUGAAAAAAGGGUCAGUACACUCAAGUUUUAUUUUGUGUGGGGCCCAGAUUUAUGAUGCAUUCAGUUGGAUUUUGUACAGACCACCGUUUUGCAGGUAGAAAGUGACUGAAAAAACCACCUAUGUUGCUUUUGGAACAUUAAAGUAGAGAGCUCCUCACGUAAAAACAUAAUUGUUCUAUAAACCUAUUUGCUUUUGGUUUUAAUUAUUUUAAAUGUUGUGGUAUUUUGUCUAUAGUAUAUAUUGUAAAAUGUAACUAUCCCACAUUGUUCUAAGCCCUUUAUGAUAAGGGUACAUUUUUUUCUGACUACAGUUUUGAUUGGUCCAAAAUGAGGCAUUACCUUACUGCUGACCAGAUUUAGAGGGAUGUUGUCUUUUCUAAGAACAUGGAGACUUCAACUUUUAAAGAAAAAUUGAAAGCCUAUUGUGGAAUUGGAACAGAAUCGCUGCUUCGUGGUCAUUAGGUCCAUCUCUUGUCUCCCUGGAUCAGCACUUGUUUAGGUUUAUUGUUCUCCUUAAAAAAAAUCUGGUUUAUUUUAUUUUACUUCUUUUAGCUGUCAACACCAUGUUCUGUUAAGGCUAACAAAAUGUUUUUAAAAUGUUUUUGAUCUGUGUGACAACUAUUCUGUUCUGCUUAUUUUUAAAAUUCCUAAGUCCAAAAAUAUUUGUAUGCAGAAUUUUCUGUAUUGAAAAUAUGAAAAGGCCACAAAUUUGUUUAGUUACCACUGAGUUGUUCUAGUCUAAGCCUUUUUUUGCUGCUUAUGUAUCAUUCUUUUUCAAUGUAUAUAUAAUUAUGGACUGCAAAAGAAAAAAAAUGGCAUUUAUAUGUCUAGUAGAAGGAAUAAGGUUAUUUAUAUUAUAGUGUUAACAAAGUCUGAUGUACUCAAGUGACUUACGUUAUACCGCAUGCAAACACACAAGUGUACAUUCCAUCUAAGAAGGGAUGCCAUGCUAUUUGUUUGGAAGAUGUAAUUAAAGCUGUUCUCUUUUCAGUAGAGCAUAUGCCGGAAAGACCGAGAGGUGGGAAUUGUUUCUUAGUCCACAUCUUAAAUGCAGACUGUUGCUAAAAACCAGAAAACAUUCUGGCAAACGAGAGUGCUUUCAGAACUGUGGGCUUUUCAAAGAAAGGGCAGCGAAGGAGCAGAAAUGCUCUUUCACCCAAAGAUAUUUUGUUGGGAAAGAUAACAGCACCAAGAACAACAUCCCAUCUGAUUGAAAAGUGUGCAGUACUAGCUGUGCCGAGUGAACUCUGAAAGGUACCACAGCUUAGCAUUGGUUACAGCCUUGAAUUGAUUUGUUUUGGUUUAUUAUAUUUGGAGAUUCAAAGGACAAAUUCUACCUUGCUCAGAUUCUGUGAAAUACAAAGACCUUUUAAUAACGUGGCAUCCCCAUACUAAAACUUUACACCAGCCAUGUAUGAACAUACAGUAUCUAAAUACUGAGUUACAGUUGUGUUACGUGUACUAAGUGUGAAUAACAUGUAGCACAGUUUCUUUUCACAGAACCUUAAAUUUCCGUAUCUUUCAAAAAUGUUUGCUUUUCAGUAUUUUGUAUAGUAAAUAUAGAUGGUUUUGACUAAAUGCUUUAUUUAUUUAACAGCAAAAAAACUGUGCCAAGAGAACCCCCUGUUAAUUAAAGUUUUACUAGUUCAGAAAGUAUAUUUCCUUCUUCUUCUUGUGGAUUUCAGGGGCUUAUUGCAAUUGCUGUCAGUGCUUGCAGAUCCCACUGAUGAAAGAGCUUGCAUUAACGUUUUCGGGAAUAGUAUUGAGCCAUAAGGUAUCAAGUUUCAAAGUUAAAUUUCUUGUCCACUACUAUUAGAUCUGUAUUGACUAACUGAUUUUUCAGCUUGUUAUUAAUUCUGAAAAAAAAAUUAAAAUAUAUAUUGUUUUAAGUUGCUUAAAACUGUGGCUGAAUUAAAAUUUAAGAUAGGGUCAUUUCUGGUUAAACAAAACAUUUAAUUUCCAAGAAAAAAAAUCAGAGUUGAGUAUAUUAUUGCUAUUUAAAAGUAAAAUUAAGUGUCAUGAAAUUAUUUCGAAUGAAAACUCCAAAUGUUUCACUUGCUUUGUCUGCUUUUACACAAAACAAUUCAGCAAAGCUAAACCAAUCCUAAAAUUUGCACUUUUUGCUGAAAAAAAAAUUAACUAAAAAAUUUUGCUCAGCUCAGCCAGCCACAAUUUUUGGGAAGGCAGGUUUUUGAAAAGAAGUGUUUGUAAGCUCUUCUCACAACUUCAUGGCUACAUGGUACAAAGUAAACUAAGCUAAGGAUGGCAAAGUAAAAUCUCUUUGCCAGUGAAAUAUCUGGCAAGAUUUCCAGAUUCCCACUGGCUUCAGGGUGCCUAUGAUUUCAUUCCAGGAAUAUGGGUUUGAAGUCUACAUAAUGUGCAGACAGUGAUUUCAGUAUUUAUUUUUAUGCAUCUUACUGUUGAUGGUUUUGUAGUAGCUGAUGUUAAAUAGAAGCUUUAUUGUAAGAGAUCAAGCUGGUAAAUGGAUUAAGAUUAGCAGCAAAUACAGUGCUUUAUAUUCAUGUCAUUGGAGAACCUCAAAGUACUUCCGAAUGUCUUUGAAACAUCCACAUGUCAUUUAGUCACAUUUAGAAAUUAAGACCCAGUUGUGCCCCUGCGUGGAGGUUCUCCUGGAUCAUUGGCAGACCAGCCCCUUAAGGCCAUGCCAAAUCAAAAAGCCACAUAUAGGACCUCUGUAACUGCCUUCCUGCUCUAGUCGUGAGGAGCAAAGAACAGUUGGAGAAGUAUCUUAAAGGUGGGGAUGGGGGGUGGCUUUCCGUGGGUGUCCCCUCUGGCAGAAGAUAGUGAAUGGCACAAGAUGGAUUCUGACAGAGGCUAUAUUUUAUAAAAGGAUAAGUACUGUGUAUACUCGGCAGUCUACAAGUUGCCAUAUAAAUAUACAGAUAUGAUGAAUGCUUACUGUUCCCCAUAUGUCAUUGUGUACCUCAAUUAUUGAAUGACAGAUUUCAUUUGUAUUCCAAUUAACAGGAAAGUUAGCCCCCUUGGGGCCUAGAUUAUACGUGAGAAAAAUUCAUCAUGCUCGAAAAUCUGCAGAAACAUUACCCAUAAUUUUUGCCUGGAGUACAGGCAAGAAUGUUCAUGUUUGGAAAUGUGUCAGCUAAUCAAGUCUCACCUUUAAUUACCUUGAUGCAAUUCAUCAAGAUCUGAAAAUAUGUUUUCAAACACGACUUACUCAUGGUUUUGCUGGGAACCAAGUCAGCUUCAGCAUCUUGUCAGACUUCUUUUUAUUUAAAAUGUACCAAGCAGAAACAUGUUUGAAAAUCCAUUAAAUAAAAAUUGAACUUGAUGUGUUUUCUGAAGAACUUCUGGAAGAAGAUUUCUCCUCUUUUCUAAUGCACUUACCAGCCUCAAUUUAUCACAUAAUGAUUUUUUUUCUUUGCAUAUGUGACAGAUGUUCAGCUGUUUUGUCUUGGAAGGGUCUGUUGUGGGAUCUUUUUUGGCUUGUGUACGUUUAAAAUUGUGCUCAAAAUGGACUAAAAGGAACAGAUGUAGAAAAGCAAAUAACUAUUGAAAUUUUUCAGUAGAAAUUUAACUGCAUUUUAUUUGAAGUUUGGAUUAUAGUUAUUAAAUAAUGAGGUUUUCAAUGAUACUUUUAUAUUUCUAUAUAAUUAUAGAUAACAAGAUCCUACUGAGAUAAAAUGAUAAAAAUCAUACAGUUAAGGUCUUCUAAUUUCUUUAUUUUAAAAUAGCAGAACUUGAGGACUAUUCAGACAGAUUACUGCUAAGAAAGAUGGGCAAGGGGAGGGAGGAAAGAUUUGAGAAGUGUAGGGAUAGCACAGAACUGUCCAAUAGAGGAAUGGAGGGAGACAGACGAGGCAGGAAAGUACUAUGUGGAGAAGCUAUAUUCAUAUUAGUUCUUUUAAUCUCUUAUGGUACAUUUAUUGCUUAUAAAACAGCAACAGUUAAGUAGUUCACGGAAUGCUUUUCACUGAGGAAGCUUGAAAGACUUUCUAGAAGAGGUUGAUCAGUAGGAGGCACAAGGAAGGAAAGCUCUAGAUAAUCACCACCAGGGCUGUGGCAGAAUAAGAAACGAUGUUCCAGUUUCCCAAGUCCCUGUCCAAGCUGAGGGAAAUUCUUUCAGAUGUUGAGGUGUUUGUACAGAUGUCUGUAGAACAUGUUUUGAAUUGUAGCAUCAAUUCUUUCUUUGGUUACAAAGACACAUAAGUGAGUAAAAUUUUGCUCAAAGCUUCAAUAUUUGUCCUGAUUUUUCUAAACACUUAAGCACUAACUAUGUCUGUGAAAUCUACUGGCACAAUGUAUAAUCUUUGUAUCACAAGAAAUUGCAGACUGGACCUAUCAGUUGUCUCCUCAGCCUAGUAUUUCAGGGUCUGAGAGUAGGAAGCUCCAGAAGUUUCAUCAAAUUGUUGAAGACAGUGUUUAAGGGGCUUCGUAAAUUUGGCAAUGGGCAAAUGUUAACAAUAUCAGACGUACUAGUAAUUAUGUGCACUGUGCUUCCUGGUUUUUAUGACAUGCUUAUAAAGUGAGGUUUAUGUCUUCCUUUGAGUGCCAUGCCUAGUCCAUAUGGACAAAGCAGCCUUUUACUGCUACCAGCUAAGGGAUGUACUGUUUUGGUGAGCCUGAACUUUGUGGAUGAAGAUAUGGGGUUCAGAUCCUUCUGGUGCUGAGUGCUUAUUCUUGCACUCAAUCCUUCCCACUCUGUUCUAUUCAUGAAGUGUAGACAUUGAGAAUUUGUGAAUUUUCAAAUAAAAUUUGUAACAAAACUGGGCCAAAUUUGUCUUUAGCUUCACAAAUGGAAGCCAGAAGAGCCCCAUGCAUGUCUUGGAAUUUGGACCUUCAAAUGCAGUUUGCUAUAUAAGUCAUCAUUUUUUUCUUGUACUAAUUUCAGAUAUUUGAUAAGCUCUUUUUAUGGUUUACAAGUUUAAAAAGACAAAUAAAACUUUGUAGAUUAAAAUGUCGGUUUGGAGGCUGUAUUUUGUCUGUUCUCACUGGAUUUCUGUGAAUGGUCUUUUUUCUGUGGGCUUUAGCUUAAACCUACAAAGUGACUUUGGAGUGGGUGUUUAUAGUUCUUUGCUUGCUUGUUCACAGGAUAAGACUGUUGAUAGAUGAAUAAAGUGCCACUUGAGGUUGUUAACAACCAGGACUGGUAACGCUAGUUCAAGUAAGAUAAACAGUGAAAUGCUAUGGCAAUUAGCAUUAAGGUCUCACUUGGCCGGUGCUGAUUUUUAAAGUCAUAGAUAUGGUGCUUUAUAGAUAUCUGUAGCUA